AUGUCUUAUAUUCCAAUUUUCAAGGACCUCGAGUUCUAUAGCGCUCCUGAGUCACAGAUUGAAAGAUACCAAAAUCUUGUCAAGUCUUACGUUUCCGAAUUUGGCGGUAAACCAAACUUCAUUUCCAGGGCUCCUGGCCGUGUUAACUUGAUCGGUGAUCAUAUCGAUUACUGUUAUUUUUCAGUUCUUCCUAUGGCCAUUGAGUAUGAUGCCAUCGAGGCAAUUGGUGUUGAACCUACUUCGACUGAAGAGACUUCUCGUCAUAUCGUCGUGUCCAAUACAAACUCUAGAUUUGCCACAGAGAGUAUCGAACUUCCAGCCGAUGGAUCGGUGGUCACCAUCGAUAACUCUAAGAACUUGUGGACCAACUAUUACAAAUGCUCUUUGAUAGUGGCCCACAAAUUUAUCAUUGAAAGAUAUCCACAUCUCCUCACCGGAAAAACUUUAAAGAGCAUCAACGUCGUCGUUGACGGCAAUGUGCCAACCGGUGGAGGUUUAAGCUCGUCUGCUGCUCUCUGCGUUGCUUCUACUUUGGGUAUUUUGAGGGCCAAUGGUAUCAAAAAGGUCACCAAACAAGACUUAACACGGAUCACUGUUGUAUGCGAACAUUACGUUGGCCUCAACAAUGGAGGCAUGGACCAAUGCGCUUCUGUUUGUGGAGAGAAGAACAAGGUUUUGUUUAUCGAGUUCACUCCAAAGUUACAGGCUACUCCGUUCUCUAUUCCUGAAGUUAAACUCCCUUUCAAGCCUUUGUCCUUCCUUAUCACCAACACUCUUGUUACUGCAAAUAAGACCGAAUCUGCACCUGUUAAUUACAAUCUAAGAGUUGUUGAAGUGGCUGUUGCUGCCGAGUUCUUGGCCCAUAUUAAUGGACUUGAGUUGACCCCGGACUCUAAUUUGCAGACAGGAACUCUUCGUGGUUUCAUGGAUUCUUAUUUCACUGAAAAGUUAUCCAAACCACAAUGGGACGGUAGAAAUAUCCAAGUCGGUAUUGCUAGAUUGACCGAAUUGUCAAAUAAAUUGGAGACAUGGUUCGAUGCAAGUGAGAAAAUUGGAUUGACUACUGAACAUGCCGCUUCAAAGCUUGGUUUGACCGUUGAACAGUUCACAAAAAAGUAUUUAACACAGUUCCCAGUUAGAUACACCAAGUUGAAGAUCUAUCAGAGAGCCAAGCACGUCUUUAACGAAUCCCUUCGGGUUCUCGAGGUGUUGCAGCUUUUCACUGAUCCUGAAAGUUCCCAAGAUUCAGGAAAGUUCUUAUCUGAAUUCGGUGCCAUUAUGAAUGCUUCCCAGGAUUCUUUGAGAGAUUUGUUCAACAACUCAUGUGAUGCCUGUGAUGAAUUGAAUGCUGUUGCCAGAAGCAAUGGGUCCAUCGGAUCUCGUAUUACAGGUGCAGGGUUCGGAGGUUCCUUGGUUCACAUAACUACUGAAGAUAAGUUGCCAGGCUUGAUUACGGCCGUUACUGAACAGUAUUACAAGAAAAGAUUCCCCCAAAUCACCAAGGAGGAACUUUCUCAGGCUAUUGUGGUCACCAAACCGGCAGUGGGCGGUUGUAUCAUUGACAAAGUGGACUUUUAA